GUGGCGUGUGUAUGUGGUGUGGUGUAUGAUGUACGCAGUGUGCAUGUGCGUGUGUGGUGUGUGUGUGUGGUGUGCGUGUGUGGUGUGGUGUAUGGUGUACGUGGUGUGCGUGUGUGUGUGUGUGGUGUGCGUGUGUUCACAUGCAGCAGCAAUGUCAGAGCCGUGUCUCGGGCCAGGCAGGGAAGGAGUGGGUCUUCCCUGGCGCUCGCUGCUGGGGCCCGACCUGUUCUGCCGAGCGACAGUGGGACUCCCGCUCCGUGAGAAGAGGGCAAGCGUCCCGGGCGCCUGCCGUCGCUGGUGGCCUUGGGUCCGGGGGGCAGGCCGCGCGCUGCUGUGCUGCUGCCCAGCCCUGGGUCGUUCGCUCGCCUCUGCACUCCACGUACGCUCAGCGGAGAGAGGCACAGAGGAACGGGUCUGUGCCGUGGUCAGAUGGGAAGCGCGGUCUCCUCCUCCAGGCAUGGACCAGGCGGGUGGAGUUCCAACUCAGGUUUAAACAGGGUCUGAAGACCCCACAGCCGUCCUGCAAACCCGCAGAGCCAUGAUGGGGCCGGUAUUCACGCCGCCCGUGCAGGAGGGCUGCUGCAGCAGGAGUUGGAGACGGGUCGUCCCGGAAGCCGGGGCCAGCAGGCCAUCGCAGAUCCCGCAGCGCCAGCCGAUCCGCGUGAACGGCUGGUCGAAGCCCAUCCACGCCCUCCAAGUGGUGGCCUGGGUCCUGUUCCUGGUCUUGGCUUUCAGCUCCUUCAGCAUCUUCAUCCCCUUCCUGCCGAGGGACUGGAAAUACGUCGCCUAUGGUGUGACUGGUGCGCUUUUCUUUUUCCACUUCAUCGUCCUCUUGAUUGCAACGUCCCUGGACCCGGCCGAAGCGAGCAUCCGCCUCAAGAACUACCCGGAGCCUCUGCCGAUCUUCGACUCCUCCAAACAUGUGCACGUGAUCGAGAACCAGUAUUGCCAUCUGUGCCGGGUCCCCGUAAGUAAGAAAGCCAAGCACUGCAGCACCUGUAACAAGUGCAUCUCUGGCUUUGACCACCACUGCAAAUGGCUGAAUAACUGCGUGGGGACCAGGAACUACUGGUUCUUCUUCGGCUCUGUGGCCUCCGCCUUGGCCGGCCUGCUCUGCCUGCUCGUCAUCCUGCUGUAUGUCUUCAUCCAGUACUGCACCAACCCUGAGGAGCUCCGCACGGACCCCCACUACAGAGGAAUCUCCGAGAAGAACACGUGGCUGCUGUUCCUGCCCCUUCUCCCCGUGAAGACAAAGACCCCAGUGGUCCUGGGCAUUGGGGUGUUCGUGCUACUGCUGGACAUCUUCUGCCUCCUAAUGCUCGGGCAGCUGCUCAUCUUCCACCUCUACCUGAGGUCCAGGAGGUUGAGCACAUUUGAUUAUAUGAUGCAGCACCGCCUCCAAGAGACUUCAAAAACCUCAGAAGGGGAGAAAGGGUCGUCCACCCAAAUAGAAAUGCCACAGCACGCAGGCGAAGGCCUGAGUUCAUCUGCACAGGGCAAAGAGAAGUGGAAGCAGUUCCCGAGGCUUUCUUGGAGCCCGAGUCUAUGCUCCAUCAACACCAUACACCCAGAGAAAUCCUCAUCGCUAGAGCAAACAGUUGUCGACCUGAGUUCAUCUGCACAGGGACUGAAGUCCAAGGAGUUCCUGCCGCCAGCUGUGGACCCAAGUCAGUCCUUCGUCGUUACCGUAUACCCAGUGGAUUCCCUGUCGUUGCUGAAGGGAGCACGUGGGAACCAGAGACCACCUGGGUUUGGGGACCUGCCCCGCCCCCACCCAGCGCAGAAGAGCGCACUGGCUGCUGCUGUCUUGGCCCGGGCUCUCUGGUGGGCCUUUGCCAUGACCAUGAAGGUUAUUCUGCUGACAGAGCAGUCAGAUGGCCAAGCUGGGGACGGGGACUGGGAGGCAUAA